AUUUCCAAUUCUGGGUUUGGUUUAUUCGCUGGCGACAGCCUGUUUCCAACAAAGCUCUCCUACCACACUACCCCCACACCCCCCUCUAUCUUCUCCCCCAUUUUCCCUCACUCUUCUCUUCCAUCAAUCCUCUCUCUCUCUCUCUCUUUUUUUUCUUCUGUACUUAGGGUUUUUUUCUUCUUCUCCCGAUUCUCACUGGAUACAAGAAGAUUCAGAAUUUGCGCUUUUCAGAUCAAGAUUCUCCGUCUGGGAAAUCACGUUGAACAUAGAUAGAGUUCAUUGUUGAAGAAGUUUGAAAAAAGGAGGGUGGAAUUGGUGUUUUUGGUGUGCGGUGUGGUUGGUGAUCAGAUCUCGAGACUGUUGAUAUAUGGUAGUUUUGAGGUUGAGAGAUUGAGAGGAGUUAAAUCUGUGAUUUCGAGGUGGUGGUGGAGGGAGGAGUGAGGGUUUCAGGUCUCCAUGCUGUCAGAGAGCAUGCGUGCAAUUUGUGGUUUGGGUAAUGCCCUAUUCGAGAUUUGCUGUUGAUGCACUAGGUGUAAUUACUAUUAUACUUGUUUCAAUUUUGGUACUUGCUGGCUUGUAUUGUAUACUGUACUUGAUAUACUUUCAUACGAAGAUUCGCGGGCAAGGUUACAAUCAGCUUGGUUAUUUUCAUGGUCCUUGGAUUAUCCGGAUUGUAUUUAUAUUGUUUGCAAUUUGGUGGGGAUUUGGAGAGGUUGUUCGGCUUAACUUGAUUAGAGGGGAAGGAAGAUUGUUGAAUGCUUUUGGUUUCAGAUGGCAGGAAACUGUUUGCAAGUGUUACAUUGUUUCGAGCUUAGGUUUUGCAGAACCUUGCCUGUACCUAACCGUUGUGUUUCUCCUUCGCGCUUCCUUACAGAAGUCGGGAACUUUAAGCCAGAAAUGGAAUGGCAAAACAGUCGGAUACAUACUUCUUUUUUGCCUCCCAGUUUUUGUUCUACAGCUCGUGCUUAUUUUGGCUGGACCACAACUUAAGAAGAAUAGCUUGAAACACUUGCCAGAUUAUUUCACUAGUCCAGUCAAGCAAUUUGAAAAUGAUGUUGCCCUGUGCACUUACCCUUUGUUGAGUACUUUCUGCCUUGGUCUUUUUGCCAUCAUGCUAACUUCAUAUUUGUUCUGGCUUGGUGGAAGAAUCCUGCAUUUGGUUAUCAAUAGGAGUCUGCAAAAGAGAGUAUACAUGCUAGUGUUGUCAGUUUCAGCUUUCUUUCCUGUAAGGGUUCUAUUACUCGGUUUAACUGUUAGAACACUGCCAGAACAUUUACCUUUUCAAGCUCUUGCAUUUGUGGGUUUUGUUUCCUUCUUUUUUUGUAUUGGGAUGGGCAUGUUCAUGCUCAUUGUCAUGCCCAUGCGAGAUUGUUUAGCAUUGAAGAAGAGCUCAGAGAGGGAUAUAGAGGCUAGGAGAAGGUUAAGUGAUGAACAAAAUGAUACCGUUUCUCUAAUUGCUAACCAAAGUACCCUUGGAGGAAGUAUGGUGAGCAGUCCUGGGAGAAAUUCAGCUGCCUCAACCAAGAGAGGAUCCAUCUCCUUUCGAACAACGGACAAGGAUGCAACCUCAGGGGUGGCUUUUGUGGAACUAAGUGUAUUCUCUCCUAGUCAGCACUCAACACCUCCUGGUUCACCUCAACUUCUUGGCUGGCCUAUGCAUCCUCCACCCUCACAAGCUCAAGGUCCCUUAUAGUUUUCUUGGGCUGUAUCUUUCCUGUAUUCUCUUAUUACUUUCACGGUGGUGGAUAACUGAAGGGUCACUUUUUUGGGUUUUAAAUUGUUUGUGUUCAUUAUAUCUGAGUGAUUUUGAUGUUUGGUACAUUUUUGAUUAAUAACUAGGACUUGCAAACAAGAUUUGAGAGGUGAAAUCUAACGAAAUGGUGCUUGUAUAAAGUGUUCUUUCGUUUGUGUGUUCUUCCUAGUUGCUGAAUGUCAACCAAUAGUUUGUAGGUUGCA